AGUCAUAGGGGGUCACGUCCCUCAAAAGCUGUGCACCCACCGGCUUAUGUUUAAUAUCUGAAUAUACGGUAGUUCCAGUCGACGCCGCUAGAUGGUGCUGCUGUCCUGUGUUACGCUGCUGCUGAGAAGGUGGAGGUGCUGCACCUCCUUCAUUGUCUCAGUAGAAGGCACCAGGAGUGGAUCCGCCACUCGGUUCAAUGUAAUCCCGUCUUUACCCGGCGCACUCACUCAGUCGUCCGCCAUGGCGACCGCAGAAAGCCUCCUCUCCGGUCCGAGCCGCUUCUAAAAAAAAAAAAAAAACUCAAGCGGGCUUCCCUUCUUCUCUUCGAGACCGCUGGACGUGGAUGUAACUAAUCUCUCCUUUCGGCUGUGGGGAGGACAUACGUGUGGAGAAACACCGCAUUUCUAAAGAAGGGGCUGGGCAGUGAGCAUUGCAGUGCAGCAUGGCAGAGCCAGACCCGCAGCCAAUGGCCUCUGGAACAGGGCAGCGUCUUGGAGCCCCGGACACUCUUGGCAUCAGUACACUGGACCCUGGGCACAAACCCCCGGCCAUGCCCCCUGGACGGCAUGUCACCAUCAGGGUCCGCAUGUUGGACGACACAGAGGAGCUCUUUGACAUCUCGCAAAAAUCCACAGGCAAGGUGCUUUUUGAUUUGGUGUGCUCCCACAUGAACCUCAUCGAAGGGGACUACUUUGGCCUGGAGUUUCAGAACCAUCAAAAGAUGAUGGUUUGGUUAGACCAUAUUAAGCCCAUUAUCAAGCAGCUUAGACGACCGAAGCACACAAUCCUGAGGUUUGCUGUGAAGUUCUUUCCUCCGGACCAUGCCCAGCUCCUGGAGGAGCUCACUAGGUACCUGUUUGCCCUCCAGAUCAAACAGGAUGUUUCCUGUGGACGUCUGACCUGCAAUGACACCAGUGCUGCACUGAUGGUCUCCCAUAUUAUCCAGUCUGAGAUUGGGGACUUUGAGGAGAGCCAGUGUCGGUCACACCUCCUCAACAACAACUACAUCCCAGAACAAAUGCCCAUGAUUGACAAGAUCAUGGAGUUUCACUCAAAGAAUAUAGGUCAAACACCAGCAGAAUCGGACUUCCAGUUACUGGAAGUGGCGCGCAGGCUGGAGAUGUAUGGGAUUCGCCUCCACCCUGCCAAGGAUCGUGAGGGCACGAGGCUAAGCCUGUCUGUGGCGCCCACUGGGGUCCUGGUCCUCAAGGGGCACACAAAGAUUAACGCCUUCAACUGGUCUAAAGUGCGUAAACUGAGUUUCAAGAGGAAACGCUUCCUCAUCAAGCUGAGGCCGGAUCUAAAUAAUUCAUAUCAGGACACUCUGGAGUUUUUGAUGGGCAGCAGGGAUUGUUGCAAAGUGUUCUGGAAGAUCUGCGUUGAAUACCACGCCUUCUUCCGCCUCUUUGAGGAACCUAAGCCCAAGCCCAAGCCUGUGCUGUUCACACGAGGCUCCGCCUUCAGAUUCAGCGGUCGCACACAGAAGCAGGUGAUUGAUUAUGUGAGGGAGUCCGAGUUUAAAAAGAUCCCGUUUGAAAGAAAACACAGUCGGGUCCAACACAAUAUCCGCCUGUCGCCGUUGCCUUCUCCGCGCCACCAUGAAGUGUCAGCAGAAAGCGGCGCUCCCGCGGACAGAGUAGACUCUCCUUCUCCGCGCCAUUGGAAGGAGUCGGUGUUGGUGAGCGCAGAAGACCCCUCGGCCUCGAGGACAACCAGGGCGAGCCCGUCUCACCAGAGGAACGGCCACGAGGACAGAAUGGGGUCCGUGUCCAGGACCGAGGAGACGAGAGGCUCAACACGACCGGCCCACCCAGAACAUCUGAGUACAGCAGUGGUGCUCAACAGCCCUCACCCGUCUGCGUCCUCCGGUCACUCCCAUGGCAUGGUCAACGGUCAGAAGUCACUGGAGCUGUGCAGUUACAGCCCUGAUGGCCGACAGCCUUCCCCCCUCACCAGCCCGCUGCUGAACGACGCCGGCAGCGUUCGCACUGACGAUGAGGAUGAUGUUCGGAGGAAGAGGUUCCCAACAGAUAGAGCCUACUUCAUAGCCAAGGAGCUGUUGACCACAGAAAGGACGUAUCUGAAAGACCUGGAGGUGGUGACUGUGUCUUUCCAGAGUGCCGUAGGACAAGAUGAGGCGACUCCAGACUCUCUGAAGAACACCGUCCUCUCCACCUUUGAGCCUCUGCACAAGUUCCACGCAGGUUUCCUCAGGGAGGUGGAGCAGAGGCUGGCUCUGUGGGAAGGACGCUCCAAUGCUCACAUAAAAGGAGACUACCAGCACAUCGGAGACGUCAUGCUGAACAACCUUCAAGGCUUGAAGCCCCUGACAGCAAACCUUCAUAAACAGUCUGAAGUUCUGUUGGAGCUGGAGAAGGCAUGCAGGGCGUCCCGCAGGUUGGAGGGUCUCUGCAGGGACUUUGAGCUGCAGAAGGUCUGCUACGUCCCCCUCAAUGUCUUCAUUCUGCGGCCUCUGCACCGCCUCAGUCACUACAAGCAGAUCCUGGAGCGCCUGUGCAAACAUUAUCCAGCUACUCAUGGGGAUUUCAGGGACUGCCGAGCUGCUCUGGCAGAUGUGUCUGAGAUGGUGGAGCAGCUCCAGGGAAGCCUCAUCAAGAUGGAGAACUUCCAGAAGCUUCUGGAGCUGAAGAAGGAUUUGAUCGGCGUGGACAAUCUUGUUGUUCCCGGUCGGGAGUUCAUCAGGUUAGGCUGCCUCAGCAAACUGUCUGGAAAAGGCCUACAGCAACGAAUGUUUUUCCUGUUCAACGAUGUCAUUUUGUACACGAGUCGAGGUAUGAUGGGGACCAAUCAGUUCAGAGUGCACGGCCAGCUGCCGCUCCACGGCAUGACAAUCCGAGAGAGCGAAGAUGAGUGGGGCGUGCCUCACGCCUUCACGUUGGUUGGACAGCAGCAGUCUUUGGUGGUCGCAGCGAGUUCACUGAUGGAGAUGGAGAAGUGGAUGGACGACAUACAGGGGGCGAUAGAGACGGUGAAAACCAGCAAAGGGCCUUCAUCUGACCUUCUGACCUGCAGUCUGAUAGACAACAAAUGCCCUGAGGACUCCUUGGUGGAGGCGGAGUCUGAGGACGACAUAACGGCGUCACACACCUCGCUGGAGAGGUCCUCCCCUCACCGUGGUAACACCAUGGUGCACGUGUGCUGGCACAGGAACACCAGUGUGUCCAUGGUGGACUUUAGCUUAGCUGUGGAGAAUCAGCUGUCUGGAAAUUUACUGCGGAAGUUCAAGAACAGCAACGGCUGGCAGAAGCUCUGGGUGGUCUUCACCAACUUCAGCCUGUUUUUCUACAAGUCUCACCAGGAUGAUUAUCCGUUGGCGAGUCUCCCUCUGCUGGGUUACUCAGUCACCGUCCCCUCAGAGUCUGAAAACAUCCACAAGGAAUAUGUCUUCAAACUGCAUUUUAAGUCCCACGUCUACUAUUUCAGAUCGGAGAGCGAAUACACUUUUGAGAGGUGGAUGGAGGUCAUCCGCAGCGCCACAGUCCCCUCCAUCAGCGCUCGUGUCCGAAACGGCAAAGAGUCCCAUCCUCACUGAGUUGGCUCAUUCUGGUCUCCACACACCCGGUCUCCUCCAGGUGGCAUCAGCCCUUCCUGUCCGUCCGUCCGCCCCUCCCCCCAAGACUAUUUUCUUUUCUUUUCUACACGUAUCUGGGACAUUGUACAUGUGUCCAUGCACAUUUGGUGCUUUCGAAUGCUUUAAUGGUGACAUGUCCGCUGGUUUAGACUGCAUCAGAGACUGCAUUUUUUGGCAUUUUUACUCUCAACUCUGAAAACGUCUUUUGAAGGAUGUCAUUUUAUACUGUUUUCUAAUAGUCUGAACUACUUCCUAACUUUCUGGUUUUACAUUUUGUCAUUGGUUGUUUUUACAGCAGGAGCAUGUUGAUAUCGAUAUUCAGCAUUCUUUCUUAAAUGGUUAAACUAUCACUGCAUUGUCAUAACGUUUUUUGUCUACUUUUUCAUCUUCUUGAAAACUGCUGCUUUGAAAAUUAAAAUGUCCUGCAACUUCAGUGCCAAACUGGUUUAUAUUAAUGUCCUGGACUUUUAAAAUGUUGUUACAUUGGGGAUGAGGAAUGUCUCCUUAGACUGUAUACCAUGCCAUUUGAAUUCAUGUCAAAACAGGCCGCCCUUUAACUGUCAAUGCUCUGUUCACACCUGGACCAGCACAAUGUGUUCUUCUUGAAAACAUAAUUGAUGAAAAUAUGAAACUAUCUCGUUGCUUUAUUAACAAUACCCAAGGUUUGAUCACAAUGUGGCCAGGGGUAGCUGCCAUCACAGAUGAAUGCCAUUUCAAUGAAAAUAAACGUUAUUUUCGCUGAUCUUUAUUACAUGAAUAUGUCUCAGACAGUUUUGCCUUUUUUUAAAUUUUUAUUAUUAACUAAAGUUCCCCUUCAGCUGUAUGAGAAAGUGUGAUACUUGUUCACAAUCAUGGUAUUGUGAAUGUGGGUGUCAUUGAAAGCUUUAAAGAUGUGUAAAACUAAAUAGAAACGUUCAGUUCCAAGCGCUGUUGCCCUCACUGAACUCCUGUAUACAGAUACCAGAUCUUUUUAUGGGUCUAAAUGAAUGGAAAUGUGCAUUGGACAAGGUUUUUCAGUGAAGUCAAUUCUGCUUACAAUUGCAGCUGUUUUUUUCUUCUUUCCUUUCAGACAACAGGGAGCUCGUUGGAAAUGAAAGCAAUAAAACAAACUUAUUCAAACU